GAGAUAUGGGAUUACGAGAUGAGUUUAGGAGCCUGUAGCUCAUAACUAGUAAGAAUAGUUCUUUAACUGCCUCGCUAUUACCAAGCCUACACCAGUAACCUACAAGACACCAUAUGAUCGCUAAUCAGGUGCUGUUCAGAUUCUAUGACUGUCUGAGACUUGAACUGGCCAAAGAGAGAAAUCCACUGUUCCCCUCCCUGACUUCCUGUUCCUGACCCCCUCUGAAACGUGUCCGCCAUCAUGAAUGAAGUUAAUAUUAUCAGAGAGGGCUGGCUCCAAAAAAGAGGUGAAUACAUCAAAACAUGGAGGCCCAGGUAUUUCAUCUUGAAGAGUGACGGUUCUUUCAUCGGCUACAAAGAGAAGCCAGAUCUAAAUGACCAGACUUCCCCGCCACUCAACAACUUCUCAGUGGCAGAAUGCCAGUUAAUGAAGACUGAAAGACCCCGGCCCAAUACAUUUGUCAUACGCUGCCUGCAGUGGACCACAGUCAUUGAACGUACUUUUCAUGUGGAAAGUAAUGAGGAGAGAGAGGAGUGGAUGCGGGCUAUCCAGUCUGUGGCAAAUAGUCUGAAGAUGCGGGAACAGGAGGAGGAGGAACCGAUGGAUGUGUUCGGCUCACCAAGCGAAAGUAGCUUAGAGGAAAUGGAAGUGGCUAUGUCUAAGAGCCGCAACAAAGUGACGAUGAGUGACUUUGAGUACCUGAAGCUGCUUGGCAAGGGCACCUUUGGGAAGGUGAUUCUGGUCAAAGAGAAGUCCACUGGAGUACAUUAUGCAAUGAAAAUACUGCGCAAAAUGGUCAUAAUAGCCAAGGAUGAGGUGGCCCACACAGUUACAGAGAGCAGAGUGUUACAGAACACAAAACAUCCUUUCCUCACGACACUGAAAUAUGCCUUCCAAACCCAUGACCGGCUCUGUUUUGUAAUGGAAUAUGCCAAUGGAGGCGAGCUCUUCUUUCAUCUGUCACGAGAACGAGUGUUCACAGAAGACCGGGCUCGCUUCUAUGGCGCAGAGAUUGUUUCAGCACUCGAGUACCUCCAUUCACGUGAUGUUGUUUACCGUGAUCUUAAGCUAGAGAAUCUGAUGCUGGACAAAGAUGGACAUAUCAAAAUCACUGAUUUUGGCCUUUGUAAAGAAGGCAUUACUCCAGACGCAACUAUGAAAACCUUCUGUGGAACUCCGGAAUAUCUGGCACCUGAGGUCCUAGAAGAUAAUGACUACGGCCGUGCAGUGGACUGGUGGGGUCUGGGUGUAGUUAUGUAUGAGAUGAUGUGCGGCCGUCUGCCUUUCUACAACCAGGACCACGAGCGGUUGUUUGAGCUCAUCCUCAUGGAGGAGAUCCGUUUCCCCAGGAACCUGUCACCUGAGGCCAAGUCCCUGCUGGCUGGUCUGCUCAAGAAAGACCCUAAACAGAGGUUAGGUGGAGGUCCCAAUGAUGCCAAAGAAGUAAUGAGUCACAAAUUUUUCAUCGCCAUCAACUGGCAGGAUGUAGAACAGAAGAAGCUGACUCCACUCUUCAGACCACAAGUGACAUCAGAGACAGACACCCGGUACUUUGAUGAGGAGUUCACAGCGCAGACCAUCACACUCACUCCCCCAGACAAGUAUAACAGUCUGGACUGUGAGGACCCCAGCCAGGAAGCACAUUUCCCUCAGUUCUCUUAUUCUGCUAGUAUAAGAGAAUGAUAGCAUCUCUGCCCUACACACAGACACACACACAUGCACACACAAACACUGAAAUACAUGAGGUAUGAAUACUUUGGCCACAUCCCCUACAGCUGAAGAAAACAAAAAACAAAAACAGAACCUCCAUCUUUAAGGACGUUUUGGCGUCUGACAGGACCAGAGUGCCUUGGCUGGUGGCUGUAAUGUUCCGUAGCGCGCCCCUCGUCCACACUACGAACAAAGCCUGGUCACACUGGAUGUACUGUAUCAAAUUGGACUCCAGUACCUUUCUUAGUCAUCAGCACAACUGAAAAACACAGUCAGGGCUUAGCCUCCAGUACCGUCAGAUGGCUUAUAAACAACUGCUGCUGCUUUUUCACUCUAAGCCACCAAACGUUUUUAAACACUUGUCUUUUUAUAGUCUUUUUAAAAAGCCAUACAGGUCCUUCAUGAUGUUUUCAAGUGCUCUUCUUCAGACCUGGAGUGUGUGUAUCUGUGUGUGUGUGUGUGUCUGUGUGUUGAGAAAACGGGGGCAUCAAAAUCCAGACUGAAUUGUUUAAUCAGAGUGAGUCUGUGAGGGCAUGUGUUUUGUGUUUCUUUGUACAACGGUUGCCUAAUGUGCAUCAGGAUCAACAAAUGAAUGGUAACACAUGAUGAUCAAAGUGUCUUUAGGAAAAAACAAAAAAAGUUUGAUGAAAUGAAAGGUGUGGGUGAGAGAGGCUGUCCUUUUUAAACUGUAUGCAUUGAAAACAAAUUCCUUGUAUAUUAGUUUGCCCUCAUUUCAGAAUGUUAUCUUUGUAAGUAGAUCUGUCAAGGGUGACACAGCAAUUAAUGGUAAUUGGGAACACCUUUAUGUACAAUCUAUAUAUGUUAUUUUUCAAAACCUUUUCGAUCUGACCCAUUUUUGAUCUUACUUGAUCAGCGAAAUACACACAAUCCAUUUGAUUUAAGCGGCUCAACAAGCACUUAGCGAUUUAAAGCAACCUAAUUCCCUAAAACCCGUGUUCAUAAUGUAGCUGUAGGUUUUCUGUGUUUGUGUCAGGUAGUGUCUGCUGCCCUGAGAAUCCAAACUCGUGUCCGUUACCAAAAUCUGCCUUGAAAUAUCUUGUCAGAAAGCCUCUGGCUCAAAUCAACAUUUGGCUCGUUUCACGCUAUUUACUUCAACCAAGUUCUUGUGCAUCUUUGUAUUAAGGUGGCAUUUAGCAUUUUAGAACACUUGAGAACGUUGACUUUUGUUGUUCAAUAACAAAAGUUUAGAAAAACUUAAAAUGAAAUACCAACAGACAUUGUAUCGGCACUACUGUUGAAAACAACAGGAGGCUUGCUUUUUCACCAAAACUGAGUUCAUCGCUCUGUCAGAUAUGUUUAGAUGUGUAGUGUCUCUCCUCUCCCAGCCUCCAAAGUUAGCUGUAUAAUAUUCCAGUUCACUCACAGAUGUUAGAUCUGAUUGUAGCCUUUUUAUGAAAGUUGCCUUUCCUCAGAUCAGAAUUCACCGUCUUUUGUUCAAUUGUGUUGGAGAUUAUACAAGUUUGAAGCUGUGGCUGAGAGUUAACACACUGUAAUGUCUCCUGGCAUCUGAGGAUUUGUCAUUUUUUCCCCCCUGAAUCCUCCUUUGCCGACAGUGUUCUGGUGCUUCCAAACUGUAGCUGCUUCUCACACUGGAGUGUGCCACUAGAUUUGAUUGGACACAAAAACAUCCAUAUAGUUGCGUGCAUCAAGAACAUGGUUCAUUUUAAAUGUUGAGUUUGAGUGCAGUGGUGAUCUGCAAAGAUAUCUUUUUUUUUUUUUCCUUAGUUUCAAUUUUUACCCUUGGCCAUAUUACCAUUAGAUGGAGGAGUGCACUGUUGUGAUUUGCAACACCAAGUGUAGUACUAUACAUUUAAAUGGUGUUUGUGCUGCACCGUUGAGUUACCCUUAAUAAAAAGAACUUGUGCAGACAGCCCUAUAAACUUCCUGUUGCUCACAGAGCCUACCAUGUUUCUAAAUAAUUUCCGUUAUUUUUUAGCAUUGUCUAGUUUUUCUUCUGGUUUUAUCUCUCAACAUGCUGUUUUUCUCUCAUCCUUACUGUAUCUCCUUCACAGAUAUUCUCAAAUUAGGAAAAUCCAAAAUGGUUGAAAAUAAUGUAUGUUUUUUGUUUCAUUAUUCUAUUCAAGCAAUUCAUUUCUAUUUGUCUGUGAAUGUAAUUCUGAAAGACAAUGAUCCAAUACACCCUUUUAACUGUCUUAAAACA